GAGGGGGUUCGUGUGAAGAAGCAUGGGUGCUGGCUACCCGGAGAGACGUGACGCGCUGCUGUCCUUAGCUUCCUCGGAUUAGCAGAGACGGUUGAUCGCUUCGUUUUCCCCCAAGCCUCGCGUCUGAUUAAAACAAGCUUUGGACAGAAGAAUGGGGAACGUGCUGGCUUCCCCGCAUGUGUCAUGGCGCAGGAGGAGGAAAGCUUUUGCUCUCCCCAACCCUGGUAGCUUCGAUGAACUGCAUAAGAGUUGCAAAGACGUUUUUCCUCUGCAGAUGGAAGGGGUGAAAGUAAUUAUCAACCGACCUCUCAGUAGCCAUUUUCAGGUUAGCCACACCGUUCAUAUGAGCACAGCUGGUCUGUCCUGCUACCACUUCAACGCCAAGUACAUCGGGGACGAACAGCCCAGCCCCUUGGAGAAUUUCCCGGUGCUCAUCGGGGAUCUGGAUAGCAACGGGAGCCUGAAUGCCCAGAUCCAGUAUCUUUUCACUGACCGGAUCCGAUCCAAAGCUGUAUUUCAGACCCAUCACUCCAAAUUCCUCACGUGGCAGAUUGAUGGGGAGUACAGAGGUGAUAAUUACACAGGAACUCUGACUUUGGGAAAUCCUGACAUCAUCAACCAAUCUGUAAUCCUGGUAUCGCACUUUCUGCAGAGCAUCACCCCCCGCCUUGUUCUUGGUGGGGAGCUGGUUUAUCACCAGAGACUUGGAGAAGAGGGGGCCAUCCUCACGCUGGCUGGCAAAUAUUCUGCUCCAGACUGGGUGGCCACCCUAAAUAUUGGAUAUGGUGGAGCUCAUGCCAGUUACUACCACAAAGCAAAUGAACAGAUUCAAGUCGGCGUCGAGUUUGAAGCAAACACCAGACUCCGAGAGACGUCCUUUGCUUUCGGUUAUCACCUGAACGUUCCAAAAGCCAAUAUGGUCUUCAAAGGGUCGGUGGACAGUUCCUGGUGUGUGGGGGGAGUAUUGGAAAAGAAAUUGCCCCCUCUUCCCAUUACCCUGGCACUUGGUGCUUUCAUGAACCACUGGAAGAACAAGUUUCACUGCGGCUUCAAUAUCAUGGUGGGCUGAGAUGGUCCUAGGUGUUGGGGUGGACACCAUCAAAGGGGACUUGCGUGUUCUUCAAAGACUUGGCCCGCACUAAGGAACUUUCCCCUACCCACCUUCGCUUCUACACCCAUCUUCCUCUAGACUGAAAUCCAGAGGCAUGAUCGGUGGGGCAGAUACAGGAACAUGGGUUGUUCGGAAGCUGGCACCUGCCUUGUGACAAGGAUAAUGGUUCUUGUUGGCACGAUAGGUUUUCAGCGGGGAACACCUAUGGAAGUAUUCUUCAGAGGCGGCAGAACCCCUUGCAUUCCCUCUGCUGCACUCCGCGAAACAUUUUCCGACAAGGAACUGCUUAUAAAUUACAACAAUAAUCGCCCUCUUAAAAAUGCUGUUUGGUUGAGAUAUAUGUUCUGUCGGGACCAACGCAUUUUGAAUCCGUC